CAAGCACUGAGAGAACGAUCAAAAUGGGUAUCGAUCUCCGCCAUCACCACGUCAGAUCGGGACAUCGUCAAGCUCCCAAAUCGGAGGAUGCUUACCUUCUUUUGUUGGUCAAGCUCUACCGUUUCCUCGCUCGUAGGACCGACUCCCGUUUCAACCGUGUUGUCCUCAAGCGACUUUAUAUGAGCAAGAUCAACCGUCCUCCUCUCUCCAUUUCUCGCAUCGUCAAAGAAACGAAAAACUCCAACUCCGACGGCUCUAAAAUCGUGGUAAUUGUUGGCACUGUCCUCGACGACGAACGUCUUCCCGAAGUGCCCAAACUCUCCGUCGCCGCACUACGUUUCUCUACCUCUGCUCGCGAACGUAUUGUCGCUGCUGGUGGUGAAUGUCUCACCUUCGACCAACUGGCCCUUCGUGCCCCCACUGGUAGCAACACUGUCUUGUUGAGGGGAAAGAGGAACGUUCGUGAAGCUGUCAAACACUUUGGUGGACCUCUCAAAGGUGGUAAGCCCUACGUCCAGAGUAAAGGACGUAAAUUCGAGAAAGCUCGAGGAAGGAGAUCCUCCAAGGGUUUCAAGAUCAAGUCCACUCACAAGUAGACGAUCUGACUUUCUACUUGAUCAUGAUUGGGUCUAUGUACCAUGGAAUGUUCAUGCAGAUUUUCACUUUCACAC